UUAUUUGGUCCAGUUUUUUAUCACCUAACACAUUGAAACAAGAGAAAAAAAACAGUCGGUGUUAAAUUAAUAUAAAAUUAUGUAAGGCCCCUGGCUUUAUCAUUAUAUUAUGUUAUCCCACCCCCCAUUCAAACGCCCGCCGAUUCAUCUUGUCCAUGGCCUCCAAAACCAUCCUCUUCCGCUUCUCUGUUUUCUUGGUUCUCCAUUUUCAGGUCUUCUCCUCCUCCGCCGCCGCCGCCGCUGCCGGAAGUUCUUACUCGACGGUGAAGUUUCUGCCGGGAUUACCCGGUCCCCUUCCUUUCGUACUCGAAACCGGAUACGUGGGUGUGGGGGAUUUUGAAGAUGUUCAAUUGUUUCAUUAUUUCCUCAAAUCCGAAGAAAAUCCCCAAUCCGAUCCUCUCAUUCUAUGGCUUACCGGAGGCCCCGGUUGCUCUGCUCUCACUGGGCUUGCCUUUGAAAUUGGUCCCAUAAGUUUUAAGGAAGAGCCAAAUAAUGGGAGUCUACCUCAACUAAACAUAAACCCCCACUCAUGGACAAAGAAAUCUAGUAUCAUAUUUUUAGAUUUGCCAGUGGGCUCUGGAUUUUCAUAUGCUACAACUUCAGAAGCUCGUAAGAUUGGAGAUUUUAGUCAAAUUCGCCAUUCGAUCCAGUUUUUGAGAAAGUGGCUGGUUGAUCAUCCAGAAUUUAUAUCAAAUCCAUUCUAUGUUGGCGGAGAUUCAUAUUCUGGUAUUAUUGUCCCCGCUAUAGCCCAAGAAAUUUUAGAAGGAAAUGGACAUGUUUUUCCAUUUAUAAAUUUUCAGGGAUAUAUCUUGGGAAAUCCUGCUACUAUUCGCGGUUCAUAUUAUAAUUUUAGAAUUUCUUUUGCUCAUAGAAUGACUCUCAUCUCUGAUGAAUUGUUUGAGUCAUUAACAACUAACUGCAAAGGAGAUUACGUGAACAUCGAUCCAAGUAACGUGGAGUGCUUAAAACAUUACAACACAUACAAAAAGUGUAUUUCGAAAGUGGAGACAGCAUGUAUUUUGUUGCCAAGUUGUGGUUCAUUUCGGUCUCCAAAGCAACAAGCUUUAUCUGCUCGAAGAUCUCUCUACAACACUCCUCUUCCCAUUGGUUGCCCUGAGUAUAAAUACUUACUCUCGUAUUAUUGGGCGAACGACGAUCAAGUUCGAAAAGCACUUCACAUACGGGAGGGGAGCAUUGGAGAAUGGAUAAGAUGUAUGAGCACAGAAGACUAUAAAAUGGAAAUUGAGAGUGCUUUUCCUUAUCACGUGAACAUUAGUUCUAAAAGUUACCGGUCUUUGGUCUAUAGUGGGGACCAUGAUAUGGUAGUGCCGCAUUUGGACACUCAAGCGUGGAUAAGAGCUUUAAACUAUUCUAUUGUUGAUGAUUGGAGACCGUGGUUAAUUGCAGAUCAAGUAGCCGGAUACACGAGAACGUAUGCAAAUAAGAUGACAUUUGCAACUAUAAAAGGGGGAGGACACAYAGCAGAAUACACACGAAAAGAAUGCAGCAUAAUGUUUAGUAGAUGGAUAACAGGAGAAUCUUUGUAAAAGAUUUUAUAGGUAAACUAAAAAAUUUCAAUUAUGUGAGAAAAUUGUCUAUGUGAGUUUAGUUCAGCAGUAAUUAGAAUACUUCUUUGACCUAGAGGUCAUGAAUUCGAAUCCUCUACUUGUUGUACGCAAAAAAUAAUAAUAAUAAUAAUAAUA